AUGCAGUCUCCAGGUGGUGCUGCUGCUGCCAAUUCUUCUUUUUUCUCUUCAAAUUUUGGUGUUCUCUUAGCAUUUAUAAUUGCUUCAUGCUCUCUCUUCCAAAUCAACCAAGCGGUCGUCACUAUACCUAAGAACCAUACGAUUCCUGCUGUGUUUGGAUUUGGAGAUUCGAUCAUAGACCCAGGCAACAAUAAUAACAUUGGCACGGUGGUGAAGUGCAACUUCCAUCCCUAUGGCAAAGACUUCGUGGGAGGGAUCCCCACUGGAAGGUUUUGCAAUGGAAAGGUCCCAACUGACUUCUUUGUUGGAGAUUUGGGAAUUAAGGAGUAUUUGCCUGCAUAUCUCGACCCGACCUUGGGACCUCAAGACCUCCUUACAGGAGUAAGCUUUGCCUCCGGUGGUGCUGGAUAUGAUCCACUCACAUCUAAGAUUGCGUCAGUGUUGUCGUUUUCGGAUCAAUUGAAGCUGUUCAAGGAGUACAUAGAGAAGCUGAAGAUGAUCGCUGGAGAAGAGAGAGCAAAGACCAUCAUAGCUAAGAGCUUAUAUAUUAUAGUUGCAGGGAGUGACGACAUCGCCAAUACGUAUUUUCCUACUCCUUUCAGGAAAAACUACGAUGUUUCUUCCUAUACUGAUCUUAUGCUCCGUUCAGCUUUAAAUUUCAUUCAGGAACUUUAUAAUUUGGGGGCAAGAACGAUGGCUGUUCUGGACGUCCCACCAAUAGGAUGUGUGCCAUCGCAGAGAACCAUAGCAGGAGGGACAGAAAGAAAUUGUGCAGAGAAAUACAACCAGGCAGCUUUGCUCUUCAACUCUAAGCUGUCUUCCCAGAUCGACUCCCUCGACAAGAAGCUUCCACGAUCCAAGAUUGUUGCAGUGGAAAUCUACAAACCCCUACUUGAUAUCAUCCAAAAUCCUAAUUCCUACGGCUUUGAGGAGGUGAGAGAUGGAUGCUGUGGCACCGGAAAAAUUGAGGUUUCAAUACUAUGUAACGACUUGGUACCAGUGACUUGCCCAGAUGACACCAAGUACCUAUUCUGGGAUAGCUAUCAUCCCACUCAGAGUGGCUACCGUGUACUCACCACCAGUAUCCUCCAAAAAUAUGCUAAUUCUUCUUCUUCUUCAACCUUUGCUGUUCUCAUAGUAUUUAUCAUUGCUUCAUGCUUCCUCUUUCAAAUCAACCAAGCGGUCAUCACUCUACCUAAGAACCUUACGAUUCCUGCCGUGUUCGGGUUCGGAGAUUCGAUCCUAGACCCAGGCAACAAUAAUAACAUUGGAACGGUGGUGAAGUGCAACUUCCAUCCCUAUGGCAAAGACUUCAUGGGAGGGAUCCCCACCGGAAGGUUUUGCAAUGGAAAGGUCCCAACUGACUUCUUUGUUGGAGAUUUAGGAAUCAAGGAGUAUUUGCCUGCGUAUCUCGACCCGACUUUGGGACCUCAAGACCUCCUUACGGGAGUAAGCUUUGCCUCCGGUGGUGCUGGAUAUGAUCCACUCACAUCUCAGAUUGCGUCAGUGUUGUCGUUGUCGGAUCAAUUGAAGCUGUCCGAGGAGUACAAAGAGAAGCUAAAGAUGAUCACUGGAGAAGAGAGAGCAAGGACCAUCAUAGCUGAGAGCUUAUAUGUUUUAAUUGCAGGGAGUGACGACAUCGCCAAUACGUAUUUUUCUACUCCUUUCAGGAAAAACUACAAUAUCCCUUCCUAUACUGAUCUUAUGCUCCGUUCAGCAUUAAAUUUCAUUCAGGAACUGUAUAAUUUGGGAGCAAGAAGGAUCGCUGUUCUGAACGCCCCACCUAUAGGAUGUGUGCCAUCGCAGAGAACCUUAGCAGGAGGGAAAGAAAGAAAUUGUGCAGAGAAAUACAACCAGGCAGCUUUACUCUUUAACUCUAAGCUGUCUUCCCAGAUCGAAUCCCUCGACAAGAAGCUCCCACGGUCCAAGAUUGUCGCGGUGGAAAUCUACAAACCCCUAUUUGAUAUCAUCCAAAACCCUAAUUCCUAUGGCUUUGAAGAGUCGAGAGUUGGAUGCUGCGGCACUGGAAAAAUUGAGGUUUCAAUACUAUGCAACGAUUUGGUACCGGUGACUUGCCCAGAUGACACAAAGUACCUAUUCUGGGAUAGCUAUCAUCCCACUGAGCAUGGCUACCGCGUACUCACCACCAUUGUCCUUCAAAAAUUAAUCAAUCGCUUAAUCUAAAUUCUACUACUGUCUUGCCAUCA